CUAGGCAAGGAAACGUGGUUGCCCUUAAAUAGCAAUUCAGCAAAGUACCUAUCAAGAGAACCUUAUACAUAUAUAUAUGUAUACUUGUUACAAGAGAUAACAAUUUUUGAGAGAAUUGAAAGCCAUGAAGAGUUACGAGCCACGUUCAAGUUCUUCUUGUGCAGCGUGCAAGUUCUUGAAGAGAAGGUGCAUCCCCAAUUGUAUAUUUGCACCUUACUUUCGGUCCGACGAGUGCAAGAAAUUCGCGAAGGUGCACAAGGUGUUUGGUGCGAGCAAUGUGAGCAAGAUCCUGGUUGAGGUGCCGGAGGAGCAGAGAGAGGACACGGUGAAUUCGCUUGCUUAUGAGGCAGAAGCAAGGCUUAGGGACCCAGUUUAUGGAUGCAUUGGAGCCAUAGCACUGUUGCAAAGGAAGAUGGUGGAGCUUCAACAUGAUCUUGCCAUUGCUAAAGAUCGUCUAGCUCGCUAUGUUGCUGCUGCUACUGCUACUACUACUAUUACUACUGAUCAUUCCUUGAAUGCUCAUGUUAGUUUGCCACCCUUACCUGAAUUUUUCUCUUGUGGGGACUUCAAUGAUAACUUCUGCCACUCCUCUUCGUCUCAGUUGUCUUUGACUAGACAUGAAACGGUGGAUGAUUUCAUUCAAAUCCCAUAUAUAUUUUGAUGCUAUGAUCCAUCAUUCCCCCCACAUCCUCUCUUUUGUUGUAAUUGUUCUGAAUUUUCUGAUCAAUCUAAAGCAGCAACUGUGUUGUAUAUUAUGCUAAUAAAUAAUAAUCACUAGUACUGAAUGAAUUGGUCUUAAUUGAAAUCUUUUAGUUUCAUAAUUCCUAUACUAUUAGAACAAAAAUCAGUUGUAGUAGCCUAAUUCUCUUAUCAGAAUUGAAUUUUUACAUGGUUAGUAAUAUGCUAAUAUGGAUGAUCAGCAAAGUAAAACUCUAAUUGAAAAACGUUGCAAGAAUUUAUAGCUUUGCAUUUAAGUUUUUUUUUUUCCAUGUUAUUUUGUUAAUAAUUGGGAACUGCGGGAAAAAUGAUGAUUUUCCUUGAGUUUUUGAAUUUCUCUUUUGUAAUAAUAAUAGGGUUUUCACAGUUUAUAUAUAUGCAUCUCUUGAGCGUACAGUGAGGAUGAAAUUCUGCUCCUGAAAGCAUAUGUAUGCUCUAAUCAGGACUCACUUUUCUCCGAAUUAUGAUCUCUUUCUAGUGUUUUAUUGUGAUUCCUACCAAAAAAGAAAACAAAAAAAAACUACCCUAAUUGUGAGUUGAGAAUUUGAGAUAAGUCAUUUGUGAUGUGG